AUGCCAAAACAUAAUGAUUUUGUUUUUCCACCAAAGAAUGCCUUAUCCAUCAUUGGUUUCAUCAUUGGUUGUAUUUGCUCCGUCAUGUAUAUUGGUUCUCGAUUUCCUCAACUCUACAAAAACUACAAAUCCAAAGACACAGAAGGUCUUUCUCGAAUUUUCUUUUUCCUCGCCAUCUCUGGCAAUAUCUGUUAUGCUACCUCCAUUUGGUUAUUCUCUAUCGAUGGUCAAUACCUUAUUACGAGAAUUCCAUGGCUUUUAGAGACUCAUGUCAAUGUGGUGCUAGAUUCAAUUAUUCUCACACAAAUAUUCUACUAUCAUAGACAUAGAAAAGGUGCAAUCAUCCUUAAUAAUAGUGAGGAUCAAAAACAUCACGAAGACAAUGAGGAUCUCCAUUCAAAGGAUUCCCACAGCAAUGAUUCACACUCUGUGACCGAAUCUGCCACUCGAUCCUCUUUAGAUUCUUCUGAAUUGAAACUCAUUCCUGUCUCUAAUACUAAUUGA